AUGAGGAAAACCUCCGAGGAUUGUCUCACUUUGUCUCCAGACUGGAAAGUAGAAGAUGAGGACAUCACACAGUAUAGUCCAGGAGAAAACCCGGCUCCCUCCAAUGUCCAUCCGGCACCACCCAGUGUAGAUGGACCAUCGGAUUCCUCGUAUCCUGAGGAACCUCAGACUGUGCAGGACCGGGCCGGCCUUCCAACAGGGAAGAGGUUCUCCUGUACUGAGUGUGGGAAGGGUUUCCGUUAUAAAUCCAGUCUUUAUGUGCAUAAAAGGUCUCACACAGGAGAGAAGCCGCAUUCCUGUCCUGAGUGCGGGAAAGGUUUUUCAGACAAGUCCAGUCUUCACACACAUCAGAGAUUUCACACGGGGGAGAAGCCGUAUUCCUGUCCUGAGUGCGGGAAGGGUUUCCAUACUAAAUACAAUCUUAAUGUGCAUAAAAGAACUCACACUGAAUGUUUUUCAGAUCAUUCUAUUCUUCUCAGACAUCAGAAAUCUCACACAGGGGAGAUGCCGUAUUCCUGUCCUGAGUGUGGGAAAUGUUUUUCAGACAAGUCCAGUCUUCACACACAUCAGAGAUCUCACACAGGGGAGAAGCCGUAUUCCUGUCCUGAGUGUGGAAAAUGUUUUUCAGUGAAGUCCAGUCUUCACACACAUCAGAGAUCUCACACAGAAUGGUUUCCUUCUAAAUUCCGUGUUAAUCGUCAUAAAAAGACUCACACAAGGGAGAAGCCAUUUUCCUGUCCUGAGUGCGGGAAAUGUUUUUCAGAGAAGUCCAGUCUGCACACACAUCAGAAAUAUCACACAGGGGAAAAGCCAUAUUCCUGUCCUGAGUGUGGGAAAUGUUUUUCAGAGAAGCGUAUUCUUUACAGGCACCAGAAAUCUCACACAGGGGAGAAGCCGUAUGCCUGUUCUGAGUGCGGAAAAUGUUUUUCAAAAAAGUCCUAUCUUCACACACAUCAGAGAUAUCACACAGGGGAGAAGCCAUAUUCCUGUCCUGAGUGUGGGAAAUGUUUUUCAGAGAAGUGUGUUCUUUUCACAGGCAUCAGAAAUCUCACACAGGGGGAGAAGCCGUUUGCCUGUUUUGAGUGUGGGAAAUGUUUUUUAGAGAAGUCCAGUCUGCAAACACAUCAGAGAUCUCACACAGGGGAAAAGCCAUAUUCCUGUACUGAGUGCGGGAAAUGUUUUUCAGUGAAGUGCAAUUUUUACAACCAUCAGAAAUCUCACACAGGGGAGAAGCUGUAUUCCUGCUGA